AUGCAGCUAAACCCGAAGAGAAAAAGGAGGAUGCAGCGAAAGCCGAGGGUGACAAAGAAGACUAUGACCGUCACCAACAUCACAGACGUAAGGCAAGGCAUGAAGAUCAAGUCAUCUGAUAAUAAGCUCUUCAAAGUGCAUCCCGUCUUCUCGAAUGUGGAUCCAGGAAAAUCUGUGGAUGUCACCGUCAAACGAGAAGCUGCCCGCUGUGAAAUCGGACAAGAUAGUUAUUGUUACAUGCUC